GAAAAAACUGCUGUUUGCACCUUACAAACUGUUUUUAUAGUUUCUAGGAGAAAAUAUUUCCCAUACAAACAUAGUUACUGUAGACUACUUUGCCCAAUAUAUCUAUAACAUAAAGAAAGAAUACAGAUGUGCUUCCCGCCUCAUUGGUGAUGCAGUUCCUCCUACUGUUGCUGCUGACCUUCUCAUCUGCCUAUGCAAAUGAAGGGCAGGAGGAGCUUCAUAGGAACCUCUACCUAACGGACAAUUAUCACCUGAAUGUGGUGUCCAUACGGACGCGCAAGCACAUUCGCUAUUGGGGUGACAAUCACUUCUGCGCCGGCUCCCUCCUCUCCGCCUGGUGGGUCGUCACCUCCGGCUGUUGUGUGAGCACCGUGCCGGAGAGCACGCCCAACAAGGCGAAUAGUCGCAAGAAUCUUAGGGUUGUGGUCUUCACCCCCAUGCGAUUGAAGAAGCCAUUGCCCAAAGAUGUGUUUCACGUUCAGAAGAUUGUAUUGGAUGAGAACCCCUUGGGUGGGUGCUCCCAUUUGGCACUGCUGAAGCUGGAUCGCGGCGUUACUGGGCAAAGGUUGACCAUGAUGCUGCCGGACAAGGAGUUAAACAGCACAUGGCUAUGCAGCUCUCUCGGAUGGGGCAGGAUUUACUACGACGGACCCUACUCAAGCGAGCUUCUCCAAAUCAGAGCCCAGAAAAUUUUGAGCGAUAGCUGCAAGCCCGACUGCAACAGCUGCCUGUGCAUGGGUAGCUAUACGGGCAGGGGCAAUAUGUGCCAGCAGGACUUGGGCAGUCCACUCUACUGCGAUCGCUUCCUGUACGGCGUGGCGCGUCGAGUGCAAACUUGCGAGGCUGAGAGCUUCUUGGUGUACACCAAUAUCUACCACAACCGCAAAUUCAUCGAGGACACGUUGAGUGGGUCACCCUCGCAAUGGAACUCCUAUGAUUUCGUCUACUUCCUUGUGGAACUGGUGCUAGCUUCUUUUUUGUUAGUUUCAUCUGCAAGGACAUGUUGAUAUUUCAUACGGAAUAUACAGAAGGGAAACAGUCUCUCAGUUAGUUCAAAAUAUGUACAUUGAAGUACUGACUCAUUCUUCAAAUAGUUUCUGGCUUCGAGAUAACUACGUCAAUAAGCUGUGUUACCACCUACACAUACUCUUGUCAGAGGAUAUUGACCCACAAUAUGCUUUUUUUGAGCACUGUGUCCAUGGGGAUUCGAGCGACUUUUUGUCUGUUGAUUGGAUCUUGACUUACUACUCGCUUAAGUUUAAGUUCAGGGUCGUGUGUGCGUGUGUUUAAUCACCCGACUUGUCUUCCCCAUUCAUCAGUUGAUGAUCGCUGAUUGCUGAUCGAUUGCCAAAAGUAGCAGCAGACACCGGCCCCUCGCCCUUCCCACCUGCCCGCCCUCCUUCUUCCUUCCUCUCUUCUCACCACCCCCUGUUACUUUUUGUUUUCCUGUAGUUUUGGUUUCGCCUCUUUCGAUUCUUCUACUGUCUGGUAGCUAGCUCUCUUUCCGUUUCUAUUUCUCACCCACUCUCUCUUUAAACGCUUU